AUGCGAUGCCUCGUGCGGAGCAGCGUGAACAUUGACGAGACGUUCCAGGUCCCGCACAUUGUGCGCCCAGGCGAGACGAUCUCGUCGUCGCACAUGUGGUCGCGGCCCGGCGGCAAAGGCGCAAACGUCGCGGCGGCGCUGGGCCUCGCGGGCGUGGACGUGACGAUGCUCGGCGCCGUGGGGCACGACGCGACGUGGCCGCUCGACGAGCUCGCGAAGCGCCACGUCGACGUGUCGAGCGUGCACGUCUCGAGCGAGGUGCCGACGGGCCGUGCGUUUAUCCAGAUCGCCGCGGACGACGGCGAGAACUCGAUCGUGCUACUCAAGGGCGCGAACUUUGCGCCGAACGAGCGCAUGGACGACCCGGCGGCGUGGCUCGGCGCGGACGUGUCGCAUCUCGUGCUGCAGAACGAGAUCCCGCUCGCGACGACCGAGGCCUUUGUGCGCUACGCACGCACGCGCCCCGGCAUCACGACCGUGUUCAACCCCAGCCCCAUGCUCACGGCCGACGAGCUGCGCGCGUUCCCGUGGGACGGCAUCGACGUGCUCAUCGUGAAUGAGGGCGAGGCGGCGGACAUGCACGAGGCGCUCACCGGCCGCGCGGCUCGCGCGCACCCUGCGCAGGCGCUCGCGCAGGUCCCCGCGUUCGCGUCGAUGGCAUGGAUCAUCGUCACGCGCGGCCGCCACGGCUCGAGCGCGGGCGUCCAGAUCGACGGCGAGCGCGUAUGGAUCGAUAUCCCGGCGGCCUCGACGACGAAGGUCGUCAACACGACGGGCGCCGGCGACACGUUUACGGGCUACCUAGUGUCGGGCCUCAUGCGCCUCGGCGAGCUCUCGCGCGAGAGCGUGCAUGCGGUGCUGACACGUGCGUCCGUCGCUGCCGCCAUGGCCGUAGAAGUCGAGGGCGCGAUGGAGAGCAUCCCCCCCGCCGAGGCGGUCGCGCGCCGUCUCGCUCCGUAG